ACGGGAAGAAGACGGUGCUAGACAAAAUGGCGGCGCUGCGGAGGUUAUUUCUAACAACUCCCCAGCCAAGCCUGGUUGCCAUCAGAUGUGCUUCUAAGAAAAGUGGGGGCAGCUCAAAGAAUCUGGGUGGCCGCAGCCCUGGGAAGCGCUAUGGGUUCAAGAAAACAGAAGGUACCUUUGUGCAUGCAGGGAACAUUUUGGCUACACAGCGGUUGAUACGCUGGCAUCCAGGUGCUCAUGUGGGGAUGGGCCGUAACAAGACACUUUACGCCCUGGAGGAUGGGAUUGUGAGAUACACCAAAGAGGUCUACAUCCCUCUGCCCCGAAGCAGUGAGAGCAGAGAAGUGAUCUGUCGGCUACCCAAAGGAGCACUUCUUUAUAAAACCUUUAUCAGUGUUAUCCCUACCACAGAAGUAGGAGAAUUUAAACUGGUCACCAUGCUCUGAGCCGUCACACAGGGAUGGAUGGGAAGGAGUGACUGGGACAGACCACUACAGCUGCACGGACAUCAGCGAACAAGAAUAUCCUAGCUCUGAAGGUACCGGUUUAGGACUUUGUUUUCUUGCUCCUAAAGCACACAUGGGCAGUGCUCAGGCACUGGGAUCACCUGCAGGCAUUUCUAAGAGUGUGUAAUAAAUGCUGUGGGGCUGCUGAAGGCCUUGGCUGUU